CUUCUGUAUUUUCGCCCACUGCCCGCCUGGGUUUUCAGUUCGCGUAGCACGCAUCGACAGUCUCUAUCCUUGUUCUUAAUACCCCGUUUAUUUCUCAAACAUAAUGUCUGCUCCUGCUGCCACUGAAACCGCCCCUGCCGCCCCCGUCGUCGAGGAGGUCAAGAACGAGGUCCAGCCCGAAGCUGCCCCCGCCGUUGAGGCCGCCCCCGAGCAAGCAAAGGUCGAGGAGGCUGCAAAGCCCGAGUCCGAGACCCCCGCCGAGGCUCCUGCCGCUGAGGCCGCCGCCCCCGCUGAAGCUGCUGAGGCCCCCGCCGCUGCUGAGGAAGUGAAGGAGGAGGCCAAACCCGCUGAGGAGGCUAAGAAGGAGGACCGCCCCAAGAGCCCUGGUUUCUUGCAGAAGAUCCUCGCCCCCUUCAAGGGUGACAAGAAGGCCAAGAGCCCCAAGAAGGACAAGAAGAAGGACGAGACUCCCUCUGAGGAGGCCCCCAAGGAAGAGGCUGCUGCCCCCGCUGAGACUCCUGCCGACGCUGCUCCUGCUGAGGCCAGUGAGGCCCCUGCUGCUGAGCCAGUGAAGGAGACCGAGACCGCCGCCGCUCCCGCUGAAGCUCCUGCUGCUGCUACCGAAGAGGCCAAGGAAGAGAAGAAGGAGGAAAAGAAGGAAGAGGAAGCUGAGAAGAAGGAGGAGAAGAAGGAGAAGGGUCCUUCCAAGGCCGUCAAGGUUGGCCGUCGCCUCUCUGCUCGCGUUGGCGACCUCUUCAAGUCCAAGCCCAAGGCCGAAGUUGCUGCCCCCGCCAAGGUCGAUGAGCACCCUCCCAAGAUCGAUGAGCCUGCCCCUGUCGCUCCUCUCGAGAAUCCUGCUUCGGAGAACAAGGAGGAGGCUCCCGCUGCUAAGGAAGAGGAAGCCAAGCCUGAAGAGCCCAAGGCCGAGGUGAAGGCUGACGCUGCCCCAGCCGCUGCUCCCGCUGCCACCACGUCUGCGUAAUUUCUUUCGAUUUUCUACGCACGAGACGAUCCACGACCUUGACGAGCAUACUGAUAUCCCUUAUUCAUCUUUUCAAUCUCGGCUACUCUUGUUCAUACCCUUUCGUGGAACGAUACACCCUUGCUAUUCUGGUGCCUCGUUGAUGAUACGCUUGGAUUUCUGCUUUUUUAUUACUUUGAUGAUAUUACGACCCCUAGCCUCACUUCAUCUUAAUACGCGUUCCAACCAUACCCCAUUUUGCUUCCUUGGAACGUGCUCUCAUGUCAUAGGUUUCGCUGUAUAAUCCAAUUUCGUGUUUUGAAGACA